AUUUUUAUCAGCUGAUCUUUACAUCCGGUUCAUGUAUUUCUAAGUUUAGUUUUUCCAUCCGGUUCGCGGGAAUCUUUAUUUUAGUAUUUAAUCGGCUGAUCGAAAAAAUGGUAGAUGAAGCAAGUGACAGUGAAAACUCUAAGAAAGUUGCUAUCAUCCGUGAAGUAUAUGAUGGAGAAAAUGCUCAUGAAAGUUUUGAGUAUGAACUUGAAAGGGCUCUUGAAUCAGAAUGUCAAUUAAUUGUUAUAGAACCAUCUAAAUUAGGAGAUGAAACUUCUAGAUGGAUUUCAGUUGGAAAUUGUCUUCAUAAAACUUCAGCAUUAUCUGGUUUAGUUGCAAUUAUUACAGGAAUUAUAUGGAGCGAUCGACCUUAUAUCUGUGGUCCUUUUGGAUUUACAGCUGCAAUAUCUUGUGGUUUAUAUACUGUAUCAUGGCAAUUUGAUCCAUGUUGUCAAUAUCAAGUAGAAACAGAUACUAGUAAAUUACCUCAUGUUGAGGUACUUGCUGUUCUAGGACCUUCAUCACCUACUUUUCUUGUUAAAAAAGAUGAUACCAGACGAAGGAUGUUACAUACUACAAUAACUACUUUAGCUCUUAGCAUCAGUGCUUGGAGGAUAUAUCAAGCCUUUAAAUGAAAAAAUUGAUAUUUAAUAUUGAGUUACAAAAUUGAAAGGCUUAAAGGUAGGCCUUAGUGGAGAAUUGUAUGUGAUUGUAGACCAACGUAGACUACAACUAUAAGAAUUAGGAAAAAUACAGUUAUGUUCUGAUAUUAUAAAUAUAAUUCAUGGGAGAUGUACAGAAUAUUUAUGUCAAUGACACAUAACAGUGUCCCAUCUUAAAUUAAAAAUAAAUGGAUUUUUUAUUUUUUGUAAUAUUCAUGUGUGAUUACAGCUUUUUAUGGUGUGAAGUUAAUAUAAGUGGUGUAUAUGUAAUUAUGUAUAAUUAAAUUAGUAAAGGAUUAGAUUUUAAAGUAUGUAUUUUUAAACUAUAAAAAAACUGGAAUACACUGUUUAUAACAAGAGUUAUAUUAAGAAA